CAGGGAAGCUGGAGAGGAGAUCCCGUGGAGAGCAGAGGGUGCUUUGCGGCGAGGCUGCGCCCUGAUCCUGAAUAAGGAGCCGGGUGUUUAUUUAAAUCGAGGUAGCAGGGAAAUCUCUCCUCUUGCAUUUGGUGAAGGGCGGCCUGGGGGUGUCAUUGCUAUUUAUUAUUAUGAUUAUUCUGUUAUGCAUGUUUGUGUUUUCAUGUUGCAGAAUUGCCCCGUGUUCUUUGGAUGAAGGGCGGUGUGUAAAUCUGAAUAAUAAUAAUAAUAACAAUGAUGAUGAUCAGUGUUUUUUCCUAAAAAAUAAUGUUUGGGGUACUCUCAUUUUGACUCAAGAAAACCACCAUUUUAUAGCUCAAAUAAAUACAGUAAAUGGACAAAAGUACAUAAAUUCACAAAAUGUUUAGGCAUAGCUAUCAACGUUUCCCUAUUUUUAAGGGAAAUUCCCUUUUUCCGAAUAGGAUUCCUUGCAAGAAAAGGGAAAAGUUGACAGCUAUGUGUUUAGGGGUAUGCGUACCCCUGCGGCCACCCCCCCCCCAGGAAAAAGCAAUAAUAAUAAUAAUAAUAAUAAUAAUAAUAAUAAUAAUAAUAUAUUUGUUCCCCAGCCACUCUGGGCAGCUUCCAACAAAGAUUAAAAAUAUAUUAAAAUGUCACACAUUAAAAACUUCCCUGAAUAAUAAUAAUAAUAAUAAUAAAUACCACCACCAGAUUUGCAGUAGGGACUGGGAGCCUGGGAAAUGCAAGCAGGGAAACGGAAGGGGUGGGUGGGAAGAAAGCCCCCAAGUGGGGAGAAGCCCAGUAGGGCUGGACAAAAUGGAUAUUGACAAGCCGGAAGGUGGGGGAAGAGGAGGGUGGCCGGGAUGAUCAAGGGUCUGGAAAGCAAGCCUUUGGAGGGAGAUGGGUAGCCUGGAAAAGAAGAGACUGGGAGGAGAUAGGAGAGCCAUCAUCAAAUAUCUCAAGGGCUGUCACAUGGAAGAUGGAGCAAGCUUGUUUUCUCCUGUUCCAGAGGGUAGGACUCAAACCCAUGGCUUCAAGUUACAAGCAAGGAGAUUCUGACUAAACAUACGGAAAAAACUUUCUGACAGUCAGAGCUGUUUGACAGUUAGAGCUGGUCUCCCUCGGGAGGUAAUGGACUCUCCUUCCUUGGAGAGUUGGAUGGCCAUCUGUCAGCGAUGCUUUAGCUGAGAUUUAUACCUACGGUACCGCCUCUCUUGGUAUGCCCCACGGAGGACCUUACGGUCUUCAAAUAAAAACAUAUUGGAGAUCCUGGGCCACAGGGAGGUUAGGCUGGCCUCAACCAGAGCCAGGGCUCUCCGUUCCGGAGGCCCGUUCGCAACAUGAAAAGAGUGCAACCCGCAGCGGCCGUCUGUGCAUGCGCACAUUGCGAUUUGCUGCUUCUGUGCAUGCGCGUGACGUCAUUUUGCGCUUCUGCACAUGCACGAGCGGUGAAACCCGGAAGUAACCCUUUCCGGUAUGAGGUAACCUGAAAAAACAUAACAUGAAGUAGACGUAACAUGAGGUAUGACUGUAUAUAGUUUUGUAACGUAUAUGGUUUACAGUGGUACCUCAGGUUAAGAACUUCAUUCGUUCUGGAGGUCCAUUCUUAACCUGAAACUGUUCUUAACCUGAGGUACCACUUUAGCUAAUGAGGCCUCCCGCUGCCGCCGCCGCCGCGCCAUUUCUGUUCUCAUCCUGAAGCAAAGUUCUUAACCCAAGGUACUAUUUCUGGGUUAGCGGAGUCUGUAACCUGAAGUGUCUGUAACCUGAGGUACCACUGUAUUUUGUUAUUGCUGUUCUCCUUGGCCUUUUAAUUUUUUUUUAAGGUAUCCUUUUUAAUUUCCCCUUUACUUUUAAUUUUUCUUAUAUAUCUCCCUGCAAUCGAUAAAAUGAAAUAUUUUCAAAAUGUUCUUAUUCCUAGGUAUCUUUCUCGGCUGUGAAGGUCUCCGGGUCCUCGCUUCUUUGGCCAGAUUUUUCCUUAAGAAGGCAUCUGACUGAGGAGGGAAAGGGACACGUUUUUCAGCCAUGUCGGAGGAUCCCUCAGAUCAUGUGCUGAAGGUGGAAGAGGCAGAAUUGGCUGGCCCAGAAUUGGCAGGGAGAGGAUCCCAUGCCGCAGGCAGCAAAGGAUGCUGGGAAAACACCUGGCAAAAGGCCCUGGGCGAGGAGGACCCACUCAGCUCGGAUGCUCAGUGCCGACGUUUCAGGCACUUUCGCUACCAGGAGGCCGAGGAACCCAGAAAAGUUUGCAGCCGACUCCACCAUCUCUGUUGUCAGUGGCUGAAGCCGGAGCGAUACACGAAAGCUCAGAUGCUGGACCUGGUGAUCUUGGAGCAGUUCCUGGCUGUCCUCCCCCCGGAGAUGGAGAACUGGGUCAGGGAAUGUGGAGCAGAGACCAGUUCCCAGGCGGUGGCCCUGGCAGAAGGUUUCCUCCUGAGCCGGGCAGAGGAGAAGAAGCAGGAAGAGCAGCAGGUGAGAGAGUUUCAUUUUCAUAUUUUUGUGCUGAUGGCUGUAUUUUCAUAAAAUAAACAAAAACAUUUUUAUUGUUUUGGAUAUUAGAGGCUGCGGCAAAAAUAAAUUACUUGUUAAACUUUAACUGCUAUAUUACAGCCGAUGUGCUGGUCAUCCAUUAUCCCUUUUCUUCUAUUGUUUAGGUAUUUAGAAUAUAAAUGUUUAAAAAUCCUAUAUAUCUCUAUCUAUCUAUUAUCUAUCAUCUAUCUAUCUAUCAUCUAUCUAUCUAUCUAUCUAUCUAUCUAUCUAUCAUCUAUCUAUAUCUAUCUAUCUAUCUAUCUAUCUAUCUAUCUAUCUAUCUAUCUAUCUAUCAUCUAUCUAUCAUCUAUCAUCUAUCUAUCAUCUAUGUUUACCCAGGUAUUCAGUGUCUGAAGAAGUUUUAUCGAGUGACAUGUUACAUUAGGGCAUCUCCUAACACGUAUUCCAUGUAUAUCCGUUUUCUCAUCCAUUUCUCUCUUUACUCCCAGAAUCUGGUGAGAGACAGUUUCAUCCUGAUAACACAGAGAUUUCCAAUAAUAUUGCGAAACCCUGCCAGUUGGCCCACUUUCCCUACAAAUCCUCUUCAGAGGUGACAUCCCACUCCGGAUCUAAGGCGUUUCUUUUUGCUAAUCCUUCUCUCUCUCUCUCUCUCUCUCUCUCUCUCUCUCACUCUGUCUUUAAUCCCUGUUUUCCUUACAGGGCCUGUUUGAAGGAGUGGCCGCUGACGUUCCUGAGGCAAAGGAGGCUCCACUGAUGCUGGAAAGAUCAUCUCUUUGUGCUGAAGCUACUACUCAGCAUACAGAUCAAGUAAGAUCAUAGAGUUGGAAGGGGACCUGAGGGUCAUCUAGUCCAACCUCCUUGCAAUGCAGGAAUUGUCGACAUGCAGAGGGCCGGGAGACCAGCUGGCUAGCCCCGGCUGGGCCGUCUCCUUCCAGCGGCCCGGUGCAAAGACCAUCACCUCUGCUCUGACGUAAAUCAGCGACCCAGGCUUCUGAGCCAGGGCACACUAUCAGCAGAUUGAACAGAGCACACAAAAUAGGUGUGAGGCUUGUGGAAGCAUACUAUAACUACAGAUUUAUUAAUCAUAAAUCAGGACAAAGAAACAUGUCGUCUCUCUCGUCGUCUCAGAGAGAGCAGCAAAAGCAAAAGCUACACACACAACGGAAGUUCCCAGCAUACUGUGCUAGAAUGUAAACAGACAUGUGACAUGUAACAAUCCCAUGUCUGUUCCUUAAGGUGGAAUGGAAAUGUCAACAGCAAUAUGCCUUCUCUGUAGUGGCUCACUGUCUGUGAAAUGCUCUCCCCAGGGAAGUUCGCCUGGCACCUUCCUUAUACACCUUUAGGAACCAGGCAAAAAUGUCCCUUUUUAACCAGGCCUUUGGUUGACCUGAUGGACAUCCUAUAGCCUUUUAAAAUGUGGCUCUUUUUUCGGGGGUGUGUGUGUUAUUGGGUUGUUUUUAAUUUUGAUUUUAUAUAUUGUGAUCUUUUCUGUGAACUGGCCUGAGACCUCCGGGUUUAGGGCAGUAUAUAAAUUCAAUUAAUAAUAAUAAUAAUAAUAAUAAUAAUAAUAAUACAGCCUUCCCAUAUGGGGAUUGAACCUGCAACCCUGGCAUUAUCAGCGCCAUGCUCUAGCCAACUAAGCUACCCUGGUUCUUCACAACUCUGUCUCUGGAAACAGUAUUAAUUAAUUAAGUAAUUCAUAUAUUUAAUUUUAAAAUGUGAGGGGUGAGUGGGUUAUUGGUUUAUGGUGUUCCUGUUUUGUUCCUGUUUUUAUUAUGUGUUUUUACCUUGUAUUUUUAUCUUGUGAACCACUGGGUGAAGGGUGGUAUAAAAAUUAAAUAACUAAAAGGAAAUAAUAAAUUUGUCACCUGCCCUUCACCCUAAGGUCCCAGGGAGGGUGACAGCAUCAAGAACAGGGCCAAAAGCAAUUUAAAACAGCUUGCAACCAUAAAAAUGAAGUGGGUCCCCUAAAAACACACACUUCAAGUGCCAAAAGCCAGGGUAAAGAGGUGCAUCUUCAGCAUUUUCUGGGAGCUCUACAAUAAAGGUGCCAGAUGCAUCUCUGUGGGGGAGGGAGUGGCACAGGUUAGGGGCUACCACAGAGAAGGCCCAGUGCCAGAAGGUCAGAUAUAUAAGCUAAUCACCAAAUGGCACCUUAAACCUAAGUUACAGUUGCCACAACUGAAUGUCUAGGCUCCUUUAUUAGUAGUAGUAGUAUAGUAGUAUUAAUUUCAUUUCUAUACCUCUUUAUAUUUUGAAAGGAAAAAAAAAUCUCAAAGCGGUUUACAGCACGUUAAUGUUAGGAUUCCUGCUCCGUGUUUGCAGUCAUGAGAUUGUUGUCUAUCACAUGACAGUGUAUGUUUUCAUUCCACUGACGGAGACAGGAUGUUUUGUGUUUUGUGUUACUGUGUUCUGGAAAAUGGGACUAUUGUCCUUUGUUUCUUUCUCUUUGCCGUCUGAUGAGAAAGAGGAAGGAGCUAAGUCAGAAUGCUCCGAGUGUAUUAUAUGCUGCAUGCUCUAGUUCUUUCUCGCUUGGACUACUGCAAUUCGCUCUACGUGGGGCUACCUUUGAAGGUGACCCAGAAAUUGUAAUUAAUCCAGAAUGCGGCAGCGAGACUGGUGACUGGGAGUGGCCACCGAGACCAUAUAACACCGGUCCUGAAAGACCUACAUUGGCUCCCAGUACAUUUCUGAGCACAAUUCAAGGUGUUGGUGCUGAGCUUUAAAGCCCUAAACGGCCUCAGCCCAGUAUACCUGAAGGAGCGUCUCCACCCCCAUCGUUCAGGUCUCUUCCAAGGGCCUUCUGGCGGUUCCCUCCCUGCGAGAAGUGAGGUUACAGGGAACCAGGCAGAGGGCCUUCUCGGUGGUGGCACCUGCCCUGCGAUACACCCUCCCAUCAGAUAUCAAGGAACUAUCCGACUUUUAGCAGACAUCUGAAGGCAGCCCUGUUUAGGAAACUUUUUAAUGUUUGAUGUUUUAUUGUGUUUUUAAUAUUCUCUUGGGAGCCGCCCAGAGUGGCUGGGGUAUAAAUAAAUUAUUAUUAUUAUUAUUAUUAUUGUUAUUAUUAUUAUCUGUUGCAUUAACUGUGAGCGGGAAAUGGUCUCUUUCCUUUCAGGGUCUGGUGACGCUCGAGGAGGUGGCUGUGUGUUUCACUGAGGAGGAGUGGGAGCUGCUGGAUCCGAGCCAAAGAACCCUGCACAGGGAAGUCAUGGAGGAGAAUGGUGGCAUCGUGGCCUUUUUGGGUAAGGCCCCUUGCCCCCUGCACUUGCCCUUGGUUUGGGGUUGAUAAGACCCUAGUGAAGCUUUUCCUUUUAAUAGAUUACAAGGCAGGGAGAGUUGGCUGUUCCUUUUCUUCCUAACAAUCAAGAUGCGUUUUCCCCCUGCUGGUCUCAUCUGAGAAUAAUAUAUUUUCUGCCUAUUUUCUGCAAGUGCUAUGAUACGAUAACUAGUGGAAAUCCAUGAAGUCAAUUAAAAAAAAUUUUUGAGCUAUUUUUAAAAGAAAUUCGCCAAAGUCUACACCUUUGACACGGGUUGCGGGACAUUAAGGCACUUUCUGAAGGGGAGCUGUUUCCGAUGGCCGAAUCCUGGACGUAUGGCAACCCUAUUUGCCUCAAGGCAUGUUUUCUGGCAACUUAUCUAAUGUAUUCCUUUAUGUGAAUACAUACCAGUCAGAGGGCCUUCUUGGUAGUGGCGCCCACCCUAUGGAAUGCCGUCCCAUCAGAUGUCAAGGAAAUAAACAACUAUCUGACUUUUAGAAGACAUCUGAAGGCAGCACUGCUUAGGGAAGUUUUUAAUGUUUGAUGUUUUAUUUUGUUUUUAAUAUUUUGUUGGGAGGUGCCCAGAAUGGCUGGGGAAACCCAGCCAGAUGGGCAGGAUAUAAAUAAAUUAUCAUCAUCAUCAUCAUCUCUUCUCAAAUCCAAAUUUCCUUCCUCUUGAGGAAUUCAGUUUGUUUUAUCCCUUAGAAUGCUAAGCAGUAGGAUGACCACCCUCUCUGCAUUUCUCUCAAAAAAGGAGGCAAAAGGAGGAAAUGUGCUCUCUGCACCCGGAACAUUGCUUCUUCUUCUUCUUCUUCUUCUUAUUAUUAUUAUUAUUUUAUUGAAAGAGUGGGGUGCUAUAUUGGGAAAUGCUUCAGGUUGGGGGGAGGCAACCAUCUUAAUCCUGCUUUGUAUAGCAAAUUUUUCUCCUUUCCCCUACUUCCCACAACAGCAAUCAAUUCUUAGUUAGCGUACUUCUUCAAUUUCAGGCUUUACAUGUUGUCUCUCUUCUUCUCAGGAGACGAAAGAGCCAGGUGUAAAGAGAAGGAACAGCAGGGGAGAAAACCAGAAGGAAAACCAGAGACGAGGAGGGAGAAAUCUUCUUCCUCCCAAAGGGGCGACGUCGCUGAAAUCCCAGUGGGAGAGGAAAUGGAGGACGGGAAAGAAAGCGGCCAGUGCUCUUUGUGCGAGGACAGUUUCAUCUGCCCGGCAAGCGACGCGGGGGAAAAGCUCUUCGAAUGCAUCAACUGCAGCAAGAGCUUUUCCAAAAGUUCCUACCUUCGGAAACACCUCCGUAUCCACACAGGGCAGAAGCCGUACAAAUGCGCCGAGUGCGGAAAGAGCUUCAGUCAGAGGACAGACCUCAAGAGACACCAGUGGAUCCACAAGGUGGAGAAGCCGUAUAAAUGUCUCGAGUGCGAAAAAAGCUUCACCCAGAAGAGGAGCCUCAGUACACAUCAGAUGAAUCACAGAGGGGAGAAACCGUUUAAAUGCCCCGAGUGUGGGAAGAACUUUGCUCAGAAAAAUUACCUCACGAUACACCAGCUGACUCACAGGGAGGAGAAGCCGUAUAGGUGCUUGGAGUGCGGAAAGAGCUUUGGCCAGCUCAAAGAUCUCAACAGACACAGGCGGGUUCAUUUUGGGGAGAAGCCGUAUAAAUGCCUGGCGUGCGGCCAGGGCUUUUGGUACGAAGGCCACCUUAAAAAUCACCUCCGAAUUCACACCGGGGAGAAACCGUAUACGUGUCUGGAGUGUGGGAAGAGCUUUAUUCGGAAAACGGACCUCAACAGGCAUCAGAGGAGUCACACCGGGGCGAAGCCGUAUCCGUGUUUGGAGUGCGGGAAAAACUUCACAGAGAAGAAGAACCUCAGUUUACAUCAGAUGAAGCACAGAGGACAGAAACCAUUUAAAUGCCCGGAGUGCGGGAAAAGCUUUACUCAGAAAAAUUACCUCACCGUCCAUCAACUGACUCACAGAGGGGAGACGCCAUAUAAAUGCUCGGAGUGUGGCAAGAGCUUCACCAGGAACACUAGCCUUAGCUGUCAUCAGAGAAUCCACACCGGGGAGAAGCCGUACGAAUGCCUGGAGUGCGGAAAGAGAUUUGCUUGGAGGAAAAGCCUAAGUUGUCAUCAAACCAUCCACACGGGAGAAACCGUGGAAAUGUCUGGAGACCUUUACUCGGAACAGAAGCCCGGCCACGUCUCAGAUCAAUUGCAGAUGGCGAAACCCUAUCAAUACCCCGAUUGUUCCAUGAGCUGCGAAGACGCUGGAGAAGAAAAAAUGUCCGUCUCAAUUUUUCUGUGCCAAUGAUCUUGAAUCUCUUCUAUGGUUUUGGUCCAGUUACAUAACAAACGUCGCAAGAAGGAGUCACCCCCACCAUACCCACCUUGAGUCCUUUUUGCCAGGCACCUGGAGGAAACAUCUCUUGCUCCUCCGACCUGCUCUUUGCCUUGGUGCCAAAGUGUCAUGCCAUUCAGGGCGACCCAAAAGCCCAUCCAGUUUGGCAAAUUUCCUUCCCACUGUGCCCAGAGUUGCAGGGCUAAAAGUAGGACCCUUCCCCUGUGAAAUUUGUCUUCCCUUUCGACAUCCCUCUGCCGUCUCACACUGCAAGGUUAUUCCAUGCAUGUUUCGGAACUUCUCACUAAGUCUGUCUGGUGCAAACGUUCCCAAACUUAUUUGGCCUAUUGCCCCCUUUCCAGAAAAAAUAUAUUACUCCGUGCCCCCUGGAAACCUACCUUCUUUAAGCAAACAAACAGAAAGAUGCAGUGGCAAAUUUCUGCUCUUUGAGGUAUCUGUAUUUCUAUCUACAUGGGACGCGGGUGGCGCUGUGGGUUAAACCACAGAGCCUAGGACUUGCCGAUCAGAAGGUCGGUGGUUCGAAUCCCCGUGACGGGGUGAGCUCCCGUUGCUCGGUCCCUGCUCCUGCCAACCUAGCAGUUCGAAAGCACGUCAAAGUGCAAGUAGAUAAAUAGGUACCUCUCUGGUGGGAAGGUACACAGCGUUUCUGUGCGCUGCUCUGGUUCGCCAGAAGCGGCUUAGUCAUGCUGGCCACAUGACGCGGAAAACUGUCUGUGGACAAACGUCGGCUCCCUCGGCCAGUAAAGUGAGAUGAGUGCCGCAAUCCCAGAGUCGUCCGCGACUGGACCUAAUGGUCUCCUUUACCUUUAUUUCUAUCUACGUAUUGCUGGCAGUAAGCAUUGUUACACAACAGAUGAAAUGUACAGUUCUUCAAAACGUUCUUCUUUUUUUACGCUUCCACUGCCCCCUUAUUUUUAUUAAAUGCCCCCCGGUUACACACGAGGUCCUGGAUUGUUCCAGCACCCCCUGGGGGGGGCGGUAUAACCCACUUUGGGAAACAGUGAUCUAGUGCAAAGUGAUUUAUUUCUUUUCAUCCUAUCUUUUUGUCACCCCCCCUUUCCCCUUAAUAAACCUUUGAAAAUUUGCA